CAAUCUGUCGUUCUUUACCUUCAGUUCCGCUAACUUCACCACCUGCCUGUGAAAUUUUCUUCUCGACUGUCUCGCAAACCCCUAGACAUUGUCUUCCGACAAAUCUUUUAAAAUCCCUGUUACCGAUUCAUGAAAAGCUUAUCUCUUUUCCUUAUGGGUUUUUCUGCCCUCUCUGCCUUCUCCAGUACCUUCAUUCCAGUCACAGCUCACAGGGUGUUGAUUCGACAAGACCUUGACUUUGAUAUCAGAAUUUAUUUUGGAGACUGUCAUGGGCCAGAAGUGGGGAAACUCAUCCCGGGAGCCUUCACUCCAACAACGAUUGAGAGGAGAGUAGAUGAGAGUGCCGCCAUAGACAUUCUCUCAGCGUCAGGGCUUCCUGCCUAUUUUACAGGGACAGGUUCACAAAAUCACAACACUUUCUGUCUUGUCUCUGUCAAACCCUUUCCCUCUGAAUGUAGUCUUUUAACUCUUAGUGACUACUAUACAUUUCACUAUGGGCGGGAUAUCAAAGAAUCCAAGCCCAUCGAAGUUCUUCGCCUUAAGACUGCGAAGGUGUCUUGCAGGACCCCGAUAGCUCCUACCAGCCCCCAUCCGAAUUAGCGUACUUUAGGCCCCGAUUUUGGCGUUUUCCUUCUCGUCAUCAGCUGGAGACCCUGCAGCACCACAUCCUCUUCCGAUGCCCUUCACUGCCGAGUAUCAUCUCUCUAUGCUCAACCUUCAUUGCCACCAUGCAACAA